CUUAUUAAGAGCCCAACCUUUCACUCCCAAUCUCGGCAGGAAAGAAAUUUUUUUGGUACCAAACAAAACCGACUUGAACUAAUCAAAAGAUUUCUCUCCUCCCCUGAAUCGCCGGACACCAACUCCCACCCACCAAGCUUCAGCGAAUUCAGGAAUUAUCGGUAAUUAGAAUGGACUCGUCCUCGUCGUCGGGAUCUCAAUCGGCGAUCGAUCUGAUGGCGGCAAUUAUCCGGAAGAAGUUCGCCGACCCGUCCAACGCUUCGUCGGAGUCGGGAGGUGCGGCGGCGGAGGUGACCUCGCUGAUCCUCGACAACAGGGAGUUUGUCAUGAUCCUGACGACUACGGUGGCCGUGCUGAUCGGGUGCGUGGUGGUGCUGGUGUGGAGAAGAUCCAGCUCCCCGAAGCGGAGCUACCAGCCGCCGACGCCGUUGGUUGUCAAGAAGAAGGAGGAGGAUGUGGUGGUUGAUGAUGGGAAGAAGAAGAUCACUGUGUUCUACGGUACUCAGACUGGUACUGCUGAAGGAUUCGCCAAGGCUCUGGCCGAGGAGGCGAAGGCGCGGUAUGAGAAGGCUGUAUUCAAAGUUGUUGACAUGGAUGAUUAUGCCGGGGAUGACGAUGAGUACGAGGAGAAGUUCAAGAAGGAGUCCAUCGCUUUCUUCUUCCUCGCUACGUAUGGAGAUGGUGAGCCGACUGAUAAUGCAGCAAGGUUCUACAAGUGGUUUACUGAGGGUAAAGAAGCCAGAGGAGAAUGGCUCAAGAUGAAUUAUGGAGUGUUCGGUCUUGGCAAUAAGCAAUAUGAACACUUUAAUAAGAUUGCUAAGGAGGUGGAUGAUCUUCUGGCUGAACAAGGUGGCAAGCGCAUUGCUCCUGUGGGUCUAGGAGAUGAUGAUCAAUGCAUGGAAGACGACUUUUCUGCUUGGAAAGAGUUGGUAUGGCCAGAGCUCGAUGGUUUGCUUCUUGAUGAGGAUGAUCAAUCAUCUGCAACCACCCCGUAUACUGCUGCGGUGUUGGAAUACCGGGUUGUGUUCUAUGACUCCACUGAUGCACCAGUAGAAGACAAAAGCUGGAGUGGUGCCAAUGGCCACACUGUCUAUGAUGCUCAACAUCCAUGCAGGUCUAAUGUUGCUGUGAGGAAAGAGCUUCACACUCCUCUUUCUGACCGAUCUUGCACACAUUUGGAAUUCGACAUUGCUGGCACUGGACUCUCAUAUGAAACUGGGGAUCAUGUUGGUGUGUACUCUGAGAAUGUCGAGGAGGUUGUAGAAGAGGCACUGCAGUUGUUAGGUUUGUCGCCCGACACAUACUUCUCCGUCCACUCCAAUAAAGAGGACGGGACACCACUCAGUGGAAGCUCAUUGCCAACACCAUUUCCACCAUGCACCUUGAGAACAGCUCUGACUCGAUAUGCCGAUCUUUUGAAUGCUCCCAAAAAGUCUGCUUUGCUUGCUUUAGCAGCUCAUGCUACUGAUCCUACUGAAGCCGAUAGAUUGAGAUAUCUCGCUUCACCUGCUGGCAAGGAUGAAUAUGCAAAAUGGGUAGUUGCCGAACAGAGAAGUAUCCUUGAGGUCAUGGCUGCAUUUCCCUCUGCAAAGCCUCCCCUUGGUGUUUUCUUUGCUGGAGUUGCUCCUCGCUUGCAGCCUCGAUUUUAUUCUAUCUCUUCAUCUCCAAGGAUGGCACCAUCUAGAAUCCACGUGACUUGUGCUCUGGUGCUUGAGAAAACUCCAGGGGGACGGGUGCACAAGGGAGUGUGCUCAACUUGGAUGAGGAAUGCUGCUCCUAUGGAGAAGAGUCAAGACUGCAGUUGGGCCCCCAUUUUCAUUCGGCAAUCGAAUUUCAGACUUCCUGCAGAUACUAAAGUUCCCAUCAUAAUGAUUGGUCCUGGGACUGGACUGGCUCCUUUCCGGGGCUUCCUGCAGGAAAGACUAGCACUCAAAGAAUCCGGAGCAGAACUUGGGCCCUCAAUCUUCUUCUUUGGUUGCAGAAACCGUAAGACGGAUUUCAUCUACGAGGAUGAACUCAACAACUUCGUCGAAGCCGGUGCACUCUCUGAGCUGAAUGUUGCCUUCUCGAGGGAAGGAGCUACCAAAGAGUAUGUGCAGCACAAAAUGAUGCAGAAGGCUUCGGAGAUCUGGAACCUGAUCUCUCAGGGCGCCUAUGUUUACGUAUGUGGUGAUGCUAAAGGCAUGGCUAGAGACGUUCACCGAACUCUCCACACCAUUGCAAUUGAGCAGGGAUCGCUCGACUCAUCCAAGGCAGAGAGCUUGGUGAAGAACCUGCAAAUGAAUGGUCGCUACCUGCGUGACGUGUGGUAAUCACUCAUUAACCAUGCGUUAUCGAGCCAAUCGUCGCUAGCUAAAUUAUUAAUUAUAAAAAAGGAACAUGAAAAAAGAUGGAGAAGGAAUGACUCCUGGAGAAGAAGUACAGGUUUUGCCAAAAUGCAAAGCCUUUUGAUGCAAGAGAUGACUGAAUUGGUGAAGAGGGCUAUAGAUAUUUGCAGAAUGCCUGCCUCCCUGCCUUCCCCAUCUACAUCUGUAAGUGGGCUGUUGUUACUUGUUACUGAUCGAUUUGUAUCAUGAUAUAGUAUAGUAGACUGCAUUGUUCUUUUUUUUUUCUUCUUCUUCUUCUUAUCUCUUGAUUUUUCACUACUGUGGAAGAUUUUUGCUGCUCUGCUUAUUCUUUUCUUUUCCCCACCUUCUCGUUCUGUUUUUUUUUUUUUGGAUGAUGGUAGUCUAAGUUAGCGCACUCCAUGAUGGUUCAGAGUUCUCUAUUAAGCUCCACAUUAGCAACAAUCCGAUAUGUACUCCAUUAUCAGUCACAAGGUUGGACAACUUCAUAAAUCUAAUAAGUAGAUGGCGAAAUCCAUAUAAGACAGUCCGGCACAUCACCCAAAUCCGACACGCGAACCAGAAGCCGAUCAUCGGAGUCGAGCUCGUACACAUCGAGCCCGUAAUAAACACAGUUCCUCCUGCACUCCGAACGAACAGGCACGCAAACGACGUUAUGCGCAUCCGCGA